AUGAUUGGCGUGAAAGAAAUCUGCAUCUUGGCAAUUUUUGUCGCGGGAGCGGCAGCUCGGAGCAAAAAUAACCAAUGCGACAGCGUCUGUGCCGGAAAAAUGACCAUCGAAUGCUGCGAAUGCAUCGGAUGCCAUCAAGGUGGGCUCUAUAAACAUUUUAUUUAAAACUUUUCCUUCGAUCUUUUCUGAAAAAAAUGCUUUAUUUUGAAAAGUUCAAAGAGAAAAAAAGAAGCUGAAUUUUAAAUGUGAGGUGUCAGAGUUAUUCCUGAAAACUUUACGAAGACCACAGAAAGUACCAAAAAGUCACCUCAACUUCCUUAGUAUCGAAUACUUUCCUGGUCUCCUGGUAACGGACAGAUGGAAGCAAUAUUUUCCAGAAACGCGAUUAAUCCUAAUUCAGCUGUUUCUUUAUCAUUUGACUCUGCAAUGGAAAAUUCGAGCGAUUCAGGUAUGAGGUUCGGAAAAAGAUCCUUCUUCCCAAUGACUGUAGAGCCCAAACCUUAUAGCUCCAUGCAGUUCGACUACAACUCGAGAGGUGAUUUUAUCAUUCUUCUUGAUGAUUUGGAUUUUUUCCUCGGCUUUUAGAAUCAAUUUUACAGCAAAAAAAAGUCCUAAAAUUCUUUCGAAGUCCUAAAAUCUCAAUUUUCAGCCGACUCCGCCUCGAUGGAAGAGGCGAUCCGCGACAUCUCGGCACAGCUCGACCUCAGACCCAACAGAAUCUUGGUCCAAAAUCUCGCCCGCCAACUGGCUCGCUUCAAUAGUGAAGAAAACUGA